GCUGGCCCAAGGCAGCGCCGGAGGAGGAGGGAAAGGCCCCAAACUCCUCCCAGCAUGGCAAACCUAGUCCCCCUGAUCCAAACUGGCAGUAAAAAAGGAAGAAAGGACUGGUCAGCUAGUCUUAUUGUUGCUUCUUUGGCUGGAGCCUUUGGAUCCUCCUUCCUAUAUGGUUAUAAUCUUUCUGUAGUAAAUGCUCCAACAGUGUUUAUCAAGAAAUUUUACAAUGAAACUUGGGAAAGACGAUAUAACCAUUCAAUAGCAGAAGAAUCAGUUACCCUGCUCUGGACUAUAUCUGUUUCUAUUUUUGCCAUUGGUGGACUUAUGGGAGCUUUAAUUGUUACCCCAGCUGUGAAGUAUUUUGGCCGAAAACGUACACUGCUGCUAAACAACGUAUUUGCUGUCAUGGCUGCAUUGUUAAUGGCAUUCUCUCGACUGGCAGGAUCCUUCGAAAUGAUUAUUCUGGGCCGAUUCAUAAUGGGUAUUGAUGGAGGUAUCUCUCUAAGUGCCCUCCCAAUGUAUUUAAGUGAAAUUUCACCCAAGCAGAUCCGUGGCUCAUUAGGACAAAUUACAGCAAUCUUCAUUUGUGUGGGUGUGUUCACUGGACAGGUUUUAGGGCUACCGGAAAUAUUUGGGAAGGAAUCCUUAUGGCCUUACUUAUUUGGAAUGAUCAUUGUUCCAUCAGUCAUUCAAGUUGUGGUCUUGCCUUUUCUCCCAGAAAGCCCUCGCUACCUGCUGCUUGAAAAACAUGACACAAAAGCAGCAGAAAAAGCAUUUCAGACGUUCCUUGGAAAAUCGGAUGUGUCAUAUGAAGUGGAAGAAGUUUUGGAAGAGAGCCGAAUGCAGCGAAACAUCCAAGUCGCAUCUAUCUUUCAGCUUUUGUGUGACAGCAGUAAGCGAUGGCAGAUCCUGACUAUAAUUGUCACCAUGGCCUGCUAUCAACUCUGUGGCCUUAAUGCUAUUUGGUUCUACACAAAUGACAUUUUCAAGGGAGCCGGAUUAAGCCCAGAAAUAAUCCCAUAUGUUACCUUAAGCACAGGAGCUGUUGAGAUUUUGGCUGCUGUUUUCUCUGGGUUGGUGAUAGAACGACUUGGACGUAGGCCUCUUCUCAUUGGGGGAUUUGGCUUGAUGGUUCUCUUCUUCGCAAUACUUACUGUGUGUAUGACUUUACAGGAUCAAGCAAUCUGGCUUCGAUAUCUCAGUAUAGUCUGCAUUCUUGCAAUAAUUGCAUCAUUUUGCAUUGGACCAGGUGGAAUCCCCUUUGUCCUAACAGGAGAGUUCUUUGCACAGGCUCAAAGGCCAGCUGCAUUUAUGAUUGCUGGGAUCAUCAACUGGCUCUCCAAUUUUGCUGUUGGGCUCCUUUUCCCUUUCAUUCAGCAUGGCUUACAGACAUAUUGCUUCCUGGUGUUUGCUGUCAUCUGUGUUGCUGGAGCCACAUUCCUUUUUUUUGUCCUGCCUGAAACAAAAAACAAGACUCUUGCUGAAAUCAACCAGGCAUUUGCCAAGAAGAAGAAGGUGCCUUUAGAAGUACGUGAAAUGGACCAGUUUGAAGCUGAGAGAAAAUCAAGUGGUGAACAAGAACCCAACUUCUCUUCUACACUGGACAAUGGAGAAGUCAAAACCAAAAUAGUCUAAAACCCAAUGUUUGGGGUUUUUUUCUAAGAAUAUUUUUGCAUCAUAUGCAUUGAUACCAUAAUCACUCCUCUGCCCAGACAUUUCUUUUUUAUCUUGGUGAGUUUGUAAGGAAAAUUGUUUUAACUGGGGUUGAUCUGUGAUAUGAAAAGUGGGAGGGUAUAAUAUAAAAUUAGCAGAGGCUCACCUGAAUGUAUGAAAGUUCAAAACUGAUCAUUGUUUACCAAGCAGACAGAGAAGAAACAAUACUGGCCAGCAAGUAUUUCAAACUGGAUGCAGUAAGGACUUCCCAUCGUUUAUUAGAUAGAAGGAGGCUCUACAUACAAUCAACGUGUGGAGCCUAACCAGGCUUCCCGCUCCCUGUGCACACAAGCAGACAGCCGUCCCUGGGCGGCUGGAUAGGCUGCCCACACAACUACCGGCUCCGUGACGGAGCCAGUAGGGGUGGUGGGGACUGGGGGGGCAGCUCGGCCCCUGGAAGUCCCAGGAUGUUCCAUGCAAGUGCGCGGGGCAUUCUGGGAAGACUUCCAAGGCCGGGCAGCUUGUUGUUGCCACUCGGCCAGGAGUCUACUCAUGAGUUGCCAUGGCAUCUCACGAUCUUGGAAAUGGGGUCGCUCCACUAACCUCGUCUAAGAGGAGUGGUACUUUGGGAGGUUUGUUGCCAGGAGCCAUGUGGCUCCCGUUGCAGCACACGACCUCACAAAAGUGGGCUGGGCUCCCUUAGCCUACUUAGGGGAGGUCGUGUGAAUAGCCUUGAGGUCAUGCUGUUGAUGCUAUUUUUUGACAUAACCACCUAUCUUCUGAGGCAAGAAGCCCUUUAGUCCAUGAGCCAGGCCCACAGAUUUUGGCCAUGGGUACAAUCUCAGGGGAUGAAUGCUCAUAUUGAUUUUUUUGCAACAUCCUACUCGCGAAGAGAUGGGAAACAAAUGAUAGCAUUGCUGCACUUACAGCUUUCUGUGAGUUAUCACCCUUCCUUUAUUAUUAUUAUUAUUAUUAUUAUUAUUAUUAUUAUUAUUAUUAUUUUAUUUUGCAUUUAUAUCCCGCUCUUCCUCCAAGUUGCCCAGAGCGGUGUACUACAUACUUAAGUUUCUCCUCACAACAACCCUGUGAAGUAGGUUAGGCUGAGAGAGAAGUGACUGGCCCAGAGUCACCCAGCAAGUAUCAUGGCUAAAUGGGGAUUUGAACUCAGGUCUCCCCCGGUCCUAGUCCAGCACUCUAACCACUACACCAUGCUGGCUCCUUUAUUCCAACUUCCCAAGCAAAUAAGGUAAAAUUGCAGUCAUUUUUGCACAGAGGAGAAAGUCAGGGCCAGGGUUAGGUUUAGCAAAUUGUUGUACUCUGUCCAUGGAAUGAUAUACUUGGAGGACAUUCCUGCCAAUGCUCAUUUACAUUCCUCUGGCAUCAUCAAUACAUUUUUAUUGUAGCUUUUGAGUUUUUAGAAGCUUUCAAAACAGUCAAAGCUUUCAGAACGGCCCAACAGUCAGGACAAGAAAAGCACAACACCACACUGAAAGCUGCAAUGCUAUCACCUAUUUUUCAUCUUUAGGAGUGUAGAAGACCUUGUCGAACAUCACAAUGUACAUUUGUCCCCCCUGGUGGUACCAACCACCCCAGCUGGCUUAUGUACUAGAGUGUUUCCUAGUUCUCCCAAGAUACUUGUAAACUUGAAGUAGCAAAACUGAUUGUAGCCGUGCUCUCAGAGAACUGGCUGGGGAAGAAGGCAAUAAGCGAUUUGCUGCCAGGCCUUGACUGUCUAGUUUGUCUUCUCCCUAAGGCCCACAGAGAAGUGGCAGGGGACAGCAUGGUCUUUGGACAUGCCUGUCCAGUGGAUGGAUCUGUCCUAUGAAAAUAGCUCCCAUAGACAUUGUCCUUGACUUGCAAAACUAUUACUGAAGUGUGCUUUCAAUAUUAAGUGUCUUAUCCUAUUUUCAUAUUGCAUCAUCUGGUCCAUAACUGCUUAUCCCAUUUGCCUUUUAGCAGUUUUCAGGAGAGAACUAUUAGGCAUUUAAUUGAUCAUGACACACUACAUACAUAUUAUGGAUCUUUUAGACUCACACUGAGUCCUCAUAUUAAGCCUCAGAUCAUACCCUUUUUUUCCCCUGCUCAGUCCAUGUAGUUUCAUACGUUUGUAAAUUUUAUUUGUGUGAUUUUAUGUAAGAUAUGGGUCCUGCUGUGUUUUAAAUGGGUGUGUUUUUAUUUAAGUCAAAUUUAUGCAACUUUUUAGUAUUUUGGAAAUGUUGUCAUGGAAUGUCAGCCACUUUUUCAAUAACUGAGUUUCAAUUGUAUGUAUUUUGAAAAUCUGAGCAACAUCAUGCACUUAAAUUCAGGCUGAGCCAAUCCAGUUUCAGUAAUGUAAAUAGUUUAUGGUUUGGGGUACAUCUGAUUUGGACUUCUCAGAGACAUUCUCAGUUCUGUGCAUUUACACCUAUGGAAUCAUCACCUAUGCAGAGCCUCAUGCAGAACAUGCUAGAGGUCAGCCUGUGUGAGCAGUGGCUCUGUGGAUCAUGCCCACAUGUCCAACUAGGCAUGAUCUGCCCCUCCUGCCUCAGUUCUUUCACCCCUGUAGCAGUAACUUCAGGAAUAACUCUCUCUUGGUUUUUGCAAUUAUUAUUAUUGUUAAACUUAUUUGGGAGCCAAUGAUUGUUGGAACUGCAACUAAGUCAUUUUCUUGUAUUCCAUCCUUCUGUUACUUGUAAUUAUUCGUGUUUAAUUCACUGAGAUUAUUAAGUUAUUUGGGCUUGGUAUUGCUCGAGCCUUGAGAGUUAAAAUGACUUAUUCCCAACAGAAUUUAGGCCUUAAUCAGCAGUGUAUGAACUCUACACCUUAAAAGUAAGAAUAGUCAUGCAUUCUGGAAGAUCACAGCCCUGUAGAAUACAAUGUGUAUUGUUUAUUUUGAAUAACAAUGUUUAACCUAACACCAUCAAAUUUAGGAUCAAAUUUGGACCAAACAAUGCUAGUCCUACCCUGCAUACCCAAACCUAUUGGUCAGCACCAGAUUUAUUUAUUUUUCCAGCAGCAGACAUGUCAAUUUCUACAUUCCAUAAUCCACCCUCCAUCACUUUUCCCAAGGACUGGGAGUAAAAUAAGAAUAGAAGAUAAUGGAUCACUUUGGCUCCAUUGUUCAUUGUGGUGAUUCCUCCCUUGUUCAGUCACCCUUGGGUAACUGCCCAGUCUUGCUGGAUGUUAACACUGGCUGUGCCUUUAGCACUUGUUAAAAGACCUUCAACUUUAUUAUGCAGAUUCCUUUACGUCCUGUGACACUCUUUUGGUGGUGGUGCUAAUAGUCCGGAAGCCCAUUCUUUCCCCUAGUCUAGGUUACUGAAUAUUCUGUUUCUCCCUCAGUCAGGCGGCCAUACAGUGUCUCAGCUGGUACUACCAUGUACACGCUCUAGAAACCACAUUCUCUCACAACUUAUUGCCCUAGGUGGACUAAGCAGGUGCCAGGCAACAAGCCAGCUAGUUAAACCAAAGAGAACAAAAUAACUUUUCCACUAUCCCUGCCUGUAAAUUGAUAACUCUGUAUCUCUUGGUAACAGUAGGCUCCUAAAAAUUUAGCUAUUAAUCCUUGAUAAUAAGUGUAUAAUAAACUAAAGGCAUCCUGGCCUAAAUUUCAUUUUUGCUAAACUCCUGAAAUAAAAUCAUCCAUUUAUAACUUAAGGCACAAAUAUUUACAAUUGCAUCCUGAAUGAAUCCAUUUUAACCUUACCAUUGUCCCCUUUUUCUUGUUCAAUGUGCAAAAUUUCCCUUAGAAAGGAAAUUGAAGUAAAUUUGAAGGGAAUAGCUUUCCCCUAGCUAAGAGCUCCUCCAUGUUUCCUGUUUGAGAAAGGGCCUUGAUACAGAGAUAUAUUGAAAAGGACUGUGUGAAGCAACACUGUUCAUUAUCUUGUACCAAGGCAGUCCCUUGUUCAUUUGGGGACUGCCUUGGUACAAGAUAGUGUUCUCUCGCUAUGCUCAGAGAGAAUAGAAAUGGAACCAGCCAGGAGGAUGGUGGCAAAGCGGGAAGAGAAGCCAAAGCUGCCAAAUCACUUCAGAAGCUUUGAUUUUGACCAAACGUAUGAUGUUCCUGUUCAGAUCCAAAUCAAAUCUUUGGUCAAACUGGACUGAAUACCUUUCAGAUCUAAUCCACCACCAAAGCAUCACACAACCCUAGUACUGAGCCUUCUCUUGCUGUACACAUCUGCAUUCUUGCAGGAAGAUGUGUAUCUGGCCAAACUGCCAGGGAAUUCUGGGGUGCAGACUUCGUGGCCCCAUCUCUUAACUACCUCAGGUUUAAAUGCAUCAACGUCAUAAUUCCCUUGAAUACUAAACGUGGACGAUCCUUUGUCAAUUUGGAAGUGAAACCUUUACUAUGAAAUUAAAAUAAAAGGAAACCAAAUGACCAAAGACUUGUGUUCAAUACCUUCCAGGGCUUACUGAAUGCUGAGGGCAGUUGAGCCACAGAAUGUUGAAUG